AUGGUUAAUUUACAUAUUCCCAAAAUUAUUACGAUACUUGCUCUCUCAAUUUUCUUACUCGUAUUAAUAGAAUCAACGUUAGCUAAAUCGCAUGGUUCAGUUAACACACAAUCAUCAGAAACAUCUGGAACUGAAUCUGUUGAAUCAAAACCUAUCGAAACAGAAUCUUUAAAAUCAUCAAAUCAAGUUGGAUCUAAAACAUUAAAAAAAGGAUCAUCAGAACCAAAAACUUUAGAAUCAAAAACAUCAAAUCUAACAGAAACUGGUGUUCCAUCUUGUCCUAAAACUGCAUCAAUUUCUAGUGGAACCGUAAAAAAAUACAUUAUGAAACUUUCUUCACAAAAAGCUGCAGAUAAACACUAUUCAAUGUUAGAAAAUUGCUUUAAUAAAGUUAUUAAUAAUAAUCAUUCUAAAGGUGCUAAUCACGCUAAGCAUGAUAACAAUGUUAAUAACUUACCUAAAAAUCAAGUUAUUCCAUUCACAAUUGGAAGUUAUACUGGUUAUUUGGCUUUUUUUCCUUCUGAUGUCGCUGCAGAAUUAAAUAAAUUGAACGAAGUUGAUGAUGUCAUAGAAGAUAUUAAAGUUAAACUUGCUGAUACUGAUCCUUGCUAUUAUGAAUCUCAAGAUGUCUCUUCUGAUCUUAUAUUACCUAAUUUAGAUCAUAUUGACCAAUCCGAUCUUCCAUUAGAUGGCUAUUAUAACUAUCCCGGUAGUAAGGGUGAAGGUGUAACUAUUUAUGUUGUAGACACUGGCAUUAAUGUCAAUCAUAGUGAAUUUGGAGGUCGGGCAACACACGGUGGUACUUUCUGUAAUGGUUGUCCUGAUUUUGAUGAUCAUGGUCACGGAACGCAUGUUGCAGGAAUCGCUGGGGGUUCAAUCCAUGGAGUAGCAAAAAAUGUUAACUUAGUAGGCAUUAAGGUUUUAGACUUUGCGGGUGAAGGCUAUAUUUCGGACAUUAUAUUGGGUUUAAAUUACGUAGCAAGCCAACACAAUGAUGGUGAUAAUACUGUGAUCAAUAUGUCCUUCACCACUACAUUCAUGCAAGCGCUCAAUGAUAUAGUUAAUGGAAUGUCAAUAUUAGGCAUUCAUACGGUUUGCGCUGCUGGAAAUUCUGCUGAUGACGCUUGCCAAUAUUCACCAGGAUCUGCUGCAAAUGUUAUAUCAGUUGGUGCCACUAAACCUAUCAGUAAUGAUGUUGCAUCAUUCUCUAAUUAUGGUCAAUGUGUUGGCAUUUUUGCCCCAGGUGAUAGUAUUAUUUCUGCUGGGAUUUUGUCUGAUAUUGAUUUAGCUAUGAUGUCCGGAACCAGUCAAGCCUCUCCUCAUGUUGCGGGAACAGUUGCUUUGAUCAUCUCUCAAAUUGGAAAUAUGUCUCCUGAUGACAUGAAAAGCUAUCUUUAUGGUAUAGCUACAUACGACGUAAUAACUGGUCUUGAUAAUUCAUCCCCAAAUAUAUUUUUGCGUACCCCUCAUAUUCGGACACACCCCCCUCGGAUUCGGACACACCCCCCUCGGAUUCAGACACACCCCCCUCGGAUUCGGACACACCCCCCUCGGAUUCAGACACAGACACCUCGGAUUCAAACACAGACCCCUCAGAUUCAGCCCCCUUCAGAUUCAGACCCAGACACACCAGAUUCGGAUCUAGACCCCUCAGAUUCGGACCUAGACCCCUCAGUUCAGACUUAA